AUGUCAUUUUUAGCUGGUACUCAUCGAUUUCUUGAUCCAAAAUGUAAUGAGAUAUUAGAUCAAUUUUAUGAAUGUAUUGAAAAGAAAAGUCGAGCAGUAGGAUCUUGUGAUAGUCUAUUAGCUCAAUUGUAUCGAUGUAAAAAAGAAGAUCUUGAAACUCAUCGACAAUUGAACAAAACUGAAACUGAACGAAAACAACGUGAACGAAUAAUAGCACGUGAUCCAAUUAUUCAAAAGAAACUUGAAAUUCUUAAAAGAUUACAAGAAAAACAAAAAAAUGAAUCAACAUCUUCAUCAUCAUAG